UGUUUUGGAUUAAGGUUGUAAGAAAAAGGGAAGUAGAAUUAAUAAUAAUGGGUUUUGGCUUGUGGAGAUUAAUGCUUUAUGUUGUUUCAUUUUCUGGGAUUCUGCUGUUUCAUUGUGGCUUAUGUUCUUCACAACAAGCGCCAAACUACAGUUUCACGCGCCAAGCAACGUCUGCUCCACCCAUCUCGUACUACGACUACAUAAUCAUCGGAGGCGGAACCGCCGGCUGCCCACUCGCCGCCACACUCUCCCAGAACGCCACCGUCCUCCUCCUCGAACGCGGCGACUCACCCUACGGCAACCCAAACAUCACCGAUCUCUCCGCCUUCGGGAGAUCCCUCGCCGAUCUGUCGUCCUCCUCCCCUUCCCAGCGGUUCAUAUCGGAGGACGGCGUGAUCAACGCACGCGCGCGCGUGCUCGGCGGCGGGAGCUGCCUCAACGCCGGGUUCUACACACGCGCGGCCGCCCAGUACGUGGCCGACGCCGGAUGGGAAGGCGGGCUGGUCAACGAGUCGUACAGGUGGGUGGAGGAAGUGGUGGCGUUUCAGCCGCCGAUGAAGCAGUGGCAGUCGGCCGUCAGGGAUGGGUUGCUGGAGGCCGGCGUGCAUCCGUACAACGGCUUCACGUACGAUCAUCUUGUCGGGACCAAAGUCGGCGGCACGAUCUUCGACGGCGAGGGACGGCGGCACACGGCGGCGGAUCUUUUGAGGUAUGCGAAUCCCGAUGGGCUUACUGUCAUGUUGCAUGCUUCGGUUCAUAAAAUCGUGUUCAGGACUAAAGGGAAAAACAGGCCAUUAGCACAUGGGGUAAUAUUCAGAGAUGCAUUAGGGCACAAGCACAGAGCAUAUUUAAACAGUGGGACCCACAAUGAAAUAAUAGUAUCAGCUGGUGCACUUGGUAGCCCACAAAUUUUAAUGCUUAGUGGAAUUGGUCCAAUGGACCACCUCAAGUCCCUUAACAUAACCCUAGUUUUGGACCACCCUUUCGUGGGCCAGGGUAUGUCCGAUAAUCCGAUGAACGCAAUUUUUGUUCCGUCCCCGAUCCCCGUGGAGGUUUCGUUGAUUCAGGUUGUCGGCAUCACCACCUCCGGCAGCUACAUUGAAGCCGCUAGCGGUGAAAAUUUCGCCGGCGGUGUUUCUGACUUUGGGAUGUUCUCUCCUAAGAUCGGUCAACUGUCAACGGUGCCACCUAAGCAAAGAAGCCCAGAAGCACUAGCCCAAGCAGUAGAAGCCAUGGAAGCACUGGACCCCACCGCAUUCAGAGGCGGAUUCAUUCUGGAAAAAAUAAUGGGGCCCAUCUCCACCGGCCAUCUACACCUCCGCAACCGAAACCCUAACGACAACCCAUCCAUCACGUUCAACUACUUCAACGAGCCAGAGGAUCUGGCCCGGUGCGUCGACGGACUGCGCGUGAUCGAGAGCGUGAUCCAGUCGGCGGCGUUCUCGCCGUUCAGGUACGGCGACCAAUCCCUCCCGGCGCUGCUCAACAUGACCGCCCACGCGCCGGUGAAUCUCCUGCCGCGUCACGAUAACUCGUCGACGUCGCUGGAGCAGUUCUGUAGGGACACCGUGAUGACGAUCUGGCACUACCACGGCGGAUGCCAGGUUGGGCGCGUGGUUGACUCCGAUUACAGGGUGCGUGGCGUCGACGCGCUCAGGGUGGUUGAUGGGUCCACUUUUGUUUACUCUCCCGGGACUAAUCCUCAGGCAACUGUUAUGAUGCUUGGGAGGUACAUGGGAGUGCGAAUUCUGGAGGAGAGAAUUGAGAGCUUGAAUAAAAAUUGAGUUUUUAUUUAUUUUUUAUUUUGAUUAGAAUGUGGCUCUUGUUAAUUAAUUAUCAUGCAAAAUUUCAAAUUUGUUGUAGUUUAUUAUUAUUAUUAAUUUAUUAUAUAAGAUUGUAAUUUGGAUGGAGGCAAAUAUGAAGACACGUUACGUUGUUUAAAUAUAUUUUGUCCGAGUUGAAAA